GGAAAACAUCGCUCCGGGGUGAAGGUAGCGGCGAGAUUACCCGGACAGUAGUGAAACGCAAAAGAUAAAAUGUCGUGGUGAAUUUUUGGCUGUUGAAACAUACGACGAAAACCGCCGGAAUGACAGGUCAUAUCUGGUUCUGCUUCUUAUUGUUCUUAACGGGCUACUGUGAUUGCUCACUAACGGGGACAAUAUCAUCGUUCCCGAUAAACCUCGAGAACAAUCCUUACUGUCGUAUUUGCCCCAAUCACACCAUGUGCCGAUUUCCGCUCGAUACUGAUGGCAUUAGAUGUAUAAACCUCCAGCAUGCUGAUCUGGACGACAAAGAUAUUGAAACUAUACUCCAUUGGCACAAUACUUAUCGCAAUACUGUGGCAAGUGGAAAAGAAAUACGAGGAAAUCCAGGUCCACAACGUCCAGCAAAAUUUAUGAUGGAAGUGAUGUGGGAUGACGAACUUGCUCUUAUCGCGAGACGAUGGGUAGUACAGUGCAACCUUCUCGAGAAAGAUCAGUGCAGAGAUGUUGGCAAGUAACUCCCACGGAUACAUAUC